AUGGACACCUCAAAUGAAAAUUCAGCCAUAAAUACCACAACCCAUGAAACCGCUGAAAAAACUCCGAAUAUUAAAGAGACGUCUAAUCAAAAUAACGAUAAUACCUCGCAAAAUAUAAAUUACGCAAAUAUAUUGAAUUCACAGGAACAUCAAGUUAAUUAUAAAAGACCAGAAUCCACAUCAUCACCCCAAUCUCCUAAGCCUCCUUCCUUCAAUAUGAAAAUCCUACCAGCCAAAAAUAACUCUAAUAAAGAUAAAACUUCCAAAAAAAACCAGAAUUCUAUCUAG